AAAAAAAUUUAGCUCUAUCGAAGAUUUGAAUAUCUAUCUUCAUAGAUCAAUAUAAUAAAUACAUAAGAGUCUAUAGUGUGUGUGAAUUAUUAAAUGCUUUCUAGAAUAUCUUUUGGAAGAAUUAGUCGAAGGACAUACCUGGGAUUUCAGUCACCUUUACUGUUUAUACCGAAUGAAGAUAAACACAUAUUUGAAAGUGAAAAACUUACACCAGAACAAAAUGAAUCUGCUAUUCCAGAUAAACCAAUACUAGAAAAUGUUACGAAAUAUAGUCAUGAAAUAGUUAAUCCUGAAGAUAUAGCCGAUGUUUUAACUAGACCAGAUGAAAAUGAUUUUGUAGUUACAUUACUUUCUAAAGAUGGUAUAUUUUUAGGAAAUCCAAACCAUAAACUCAUCAACAAAGAUUCAUCUAAAGAUAGUCAUGCACCAGAAUUUCAUUUUUCAAAUAUAGCUUCUAGUUGGAUUGAAGUAUUUAAUAAAAGUAUUAUUCCACUUAAUGAAGUGACAGAUUCAUCUUCGAUUUUGAAAGGUCAUAUCAAUAAAGAUUCAUUUAAACAAAUAUCAAAGAGAAAACAUGAAUUUUGCAAAACUAAUCCAAACUUUUACAAUGCUACGACCUUGAAAGCAUUUUUCAGUUCCAUAAGGGCUUUUGAAAAUAGUGAAAGAAACUUACUGGGUUUAGUUUCACCAACCGAGUUGCAAAAGACUGUCACAUUUGAAAAUACUAUUUUUUACUUACUUAAUGAAGACGAGGUAUUAAAUGAUGAUAAAAAUUUUGCUGCUGUUCUUGAAUUUUUAAUGACCUAUAAUGAGUUUUCUUCCGUUGCUAAGUUAACAUUAUUCUUAGACCAUCUCAUUAAUUACCUCAGUAAGUCUGCAUCAAUUGAUAAAAUCAAGUCAUUCAGAAAUUUCUUUAAUGCAACAUUUCCUAAUCUUAAUUUAAUUGAAGAUUUAGAUGCUAAGCUGGUUGAUAAAUUAGCAAUGUUAUUAUCAAAAUCAGGUGAAAUAAAACUUGCUCAAAAACUUUUAAUAUUGUUAGUAGAAAAUAAACGAGUUAAUCCUUCUCAGGAAACACUUGACUCAUAUUUGUUAGCUUAUGAACAAUUUGGUGAACAGUCAAAGGAGGAAUUUCUUCGAAAUUUCAGUUCACUCAAACCAAUUUUCUUCAAUCAGAAAUUAAGUUCUAUUUCAUUUCAAAUAUUAUUAAACAGAGCCAUAUAUGAUAUAGAAGAUUUUCAUCACUUUAUUAAUUUAGUCAGUAAUGCUGAUAAUUCUGAAUCUUUAUUUACUAACUUUCAAAACGAUAUAUUUCAAAAGUUGCGUAUAAUUCAUAAUGAAAAUGAUUAUUCAAAAUCUAUCAAAGCUCUCAAUUAUAUUCAAUUGAUUAAAAGACUCCAGACUAAGGAAUCCUUAAAGUUUAAUGUCCCAACUAAGGAACUUCUUAGUCAAAUAUUUAAAGAGUUAGAAUUAAAUUCAGAACAAAUUCUUGAAAAUUUAUGAAAACCCAUGUAAAUUUAUAUUUUGUAAAUAGCUAAUUAAUAUAAAAUACAAC